GGCUUCCUAGCAACCAAGGAUUUUUUUUUGUCAUCAUCACUUUUUCUUUUUUUCUUUAUUAUUAUUAAAGCUUCGUCUGCUGCAGUGGCUCUUAGUUGUUUUUAUAUAUCAUUGUUCAAAAUUCUUAAUUUCAACAAAGAAGAAAAAUGAUUUUAUUCGAAUCAAAGAGAAAAGAAAAGUGUGCGAAUAUUCUCGUUUGUUGUCAAUUCACACUUUGGUUAUAAAUUAACCUCAAAAAGAAACAAAUUUUAUUUUUAUUUUGUGCGAAUUCAAAUGAAGAAAACAAUUAUAUAUGUGUGAUAAAUUUACACUUGAACAGUGAAUCAUAAAAGCGAGUGUUUACAUUUUAAAAGCACACAAAGGAUUUUUGCUGCUUUUGCAAGAUUAGAGAAGCGAAUGGAUAAUACAAUAGCCAUGUCGACGAGAUCUAAGGAAAAAGUCGUUGCAGCUUUCAGAAAGUUAUUUCGAACUUCGGAGAAAAUUAACGAUCAAGAAGGAGCUGGCGGAAGUUCAACGAAUUCGCCCUCCCGACGUUUAUUGAGUCGUCAUCAUCGUCCAGAUGUCGUCACACCUGCCGAAGGUACUCUCUCCGAAAAUCCUGGUGCUAGUCACACAAGCCACGCCAAUUGUUUCUUCAAAUCUAAAAAAUCAACCGGACAUUGUUCCCAGUCCAUCGCAGUACCUGAGAGAGGAGUUCGAAUGCGUCGUUUAAUGAAGGAACUGAGUGAAAUUCAACGUACUCAACAUCGUAAGGAUUCAACAUUUACCGCCGAACUUGUGAAUGAUAAUCUAUACGAAUGGCAUAUCAGAUUACAUAAGAUUGAUCCAGAGAGUAAAUUAGCUGCGGAUAUGAGAGAAUUAAAUAUUCAUAAUAUUCUUCUUCACGUUGUCUUCCCGGAAAAUUUUCCUUUUGCACCUCCAUUUAUGAGAGUGAUAUCGCCCCGAAUAGAAAAGGGUUUUGUUAUGGAGGGAGGUGCAAUUUGUAUGGAACUGCUCACGCCCAGAGGAUGGGCCAGUGCUUAUACCGUUGAGGCUGUGAUUAUGCAAUUUGCAGCUAGUAUUGUUAAAGGCCAGGGUCGAAUUGCAAGAAAACCAAAGACAAAUAAAGAAUUUAAUCGACGUUCAGCUGAGGAGUCAUUUAGAAGUCUAGUCAAAACGCAUGAGAAAUAUGGUUGGGUCACACCGCCUUUGGCAGAAGGUUGAAAACAUAAAAAAGAAAAAUUCAUUGCCACCUUUUUUUUUAAUUUCCCAAAAAAAAGUGCCACAUGAAAGGAUAACAUUUGCUUAAAAUGUCAUUCAAAAUUUCCAACGAUUGUAAUUUGUUUUUAUUUUCGAAUCUCGUGCCACUUAUUAAAGAAAAAUAAGCUAUAAGCCAAAAGUUUUAAUUAGUACGGUUUAUUGCAGUAGUAGAAAAAAUGAUCUCUUGUUAUAUAAAUAUAUUAUACGUCUUGAAGAGUUAUUUGUUACACUACACAUUUGUAACAACCAAAAAAAAAAAAGAAGAAAAAAACAGAUCUUAUAGCGUGUCGUUAUUUUUUUAUAACGAAUUAAUUCAUUUACAUGUUGAGACGUGCCAUCCGUCAAUAAUUAUUUAGAAUAAUUUAGUAUGAAACCGUAAUAACAAUUAAUAAAUCGAAUUUACGUGUAA